GGGCGGGUUUUAAAAGUCCGUGCUCCGCCCGCCCCAUCGUACUUUACGUGGUAGCAGCGCUGCUAGUGGUUCCUGAACGAGCACCUGGACUUUGGCAAUAAAAAUGGCGCAGAACCUGUUGGCAUUCUCUGUCAUCGCAGUACUUGUAAUAACAGUCGGCGUUAACGCGAAACGUGGGUGUUCUGCAUUUGGCCACUCUUGUUUCGGUGGUCACGGGAAAAGGUCUGGAGAUUCACCCGGCAAUCCAUCAAGUUCGGAGCUAAUGGGUCGUCAGCUGGGGCAAGAGGAAAUUCCGCCACACCCGGUCUACCCUCACUCUGGAUACGGAAUUUUGCCUUCUGGUGAUGACAUCAUACCUGUUAGAGAUGGUGGUGUUUACGACCGCGAAGACAAUGGCGUUCGAGAUAUUAUGAAGAUGAAGCUACGAAAUAUCGUUAAACAUUGGAUGGACAAUUUCCGACGGUCGCAACAGAAUGAAGACGGAUACUAUAUCGAGACAUUGUAAAUUACGAUCGCUUUCAUUUUAAUAAACAUUUUUGUGUAAAAUACGAGGGUAUCUGUUUAUUUUUUCCUAUAUAUAUUUGCAAGAUGUUCCUGUAGUUAAUUUAAAAUUUAGAUUUGGAAGUUUGUUAUUUUUCAUUUAAGUUUCAUGAA